GCGCUCGCGACGACGCACGAAGCGCGACGGUCACGCCGCAUCCUUCGCGAACGUGCGCCGCUUAUAUCAGCGCUCCGUGCCCUUCAAAUGACACUACUUCGUUAGUAACCACGGCGGACGAAGCAGGUUUUUCUCGCGUUGCAAUCAAAAAGACGACAUGAGCAAGAUCGGAAUCAACGGAUUUGGCCGCAUCGGCCGCCUCGUGCUGAGGGCUUCCUUGGAGCGCGGUGGUCAGGUCGUCGCCAUCAAUGAUCCCUUCAUCGGUCUCGAUUACAUGGUCUACAUGUUUAAAUACGACUCCACCCAUGGUAAGUUCAAGGGAGAAGUCAAGGCUGAGGAUGGCUGCCUAGUCGUCAACGGAAAGAAGAUCGCCGUCUACAGCGAACGCGAACCUAAGGCGAUUCCAUGGGCAAAAGCUGGCGCUGAGUACAUCGUCGAGUCGACCGGCGUGUUCACAACCAUUGAAAAGGCAUCUGCUCACUUAGAAGGCGGCGCCAAGAAGGUCAUCAUCUCCGCUCCGUCGGCCGAUGCGCCCAUGUUCGUCGUCGGUGUGAACUUGGAAGCUUACGAUCCGAGCUGCAAAGUAGUCUCCAAUGCCUCCUGCACCACCAACUGCUUGGCACCUCUUGCCAAAGUAAUUCAUGACAACUUCGAGAUCGUCGAAGGCCUCAUGACUACUGUACACGCGAUUACGGCCACUCAGAAAACCGUCGACGGACCUUCUGGCAAGCUGUGGCGUGACGGCCGUGGCGCAGCGCAAAACAUCAUUCCCGCUGCGACUGGCGCUGCGAAAGCAGUCGGCAAGGUUAUUCCAGCACUCAACGGAAAGCUCACCGGCAUGGCCUUCCGCGUACCCGUGCACAACGUAUCCGUGGUCGACCUGACGGUGCGACUCGCCAAGCCCGCUACUUACGAUGCUAUCAAGGCCAAAGUGAAGGAAGCUGCUGCCGGCCCUCUGAAAGGCAUCCUGGGCUAUACCGAGGACGACGUGGUCUCGUCCGAUUUCAUCGGCGACAAUCACUCUAGUAUCUUCGACGCCAAGGCUGGCAUAUCUCUCAACGAUAACUUCGUCAAGUUAAUUUCGUGGUAUGACAAUGAAUUCGGUUACUCCAGCCGAGUCAUUGAUCUGAUCAAGUACAUGCAGGGCAAGGACUAAAGGUCCUCAGAAAUCGAUUAUUCACUCAUGUCCUGGCUAGUUCUGCGAUCUCGUUGUACGGUUAAACAGUUAUGCGGGCAUAUCACUGUUGUAUAAAAAAAAACACCCCGUAUUAAUCAACAUUGUUAAUUUGUAGCAGAAAUGUACACAAAGUAUGGGGUGUAAUACAUUCUUUCUCGCGCACUCGAUACGGUCGUAACUGAAUUAAUGUUUUGGUCGUCGAUUGGAACGAGAGACGAACUCUAGCGUUUAUCCAUACCUAAAAGUCCGCAUAUAUUUGACUUGUGUCGGAAUUAACUGGUCAACGAACCAUAAAUGUAAAUGUGAACGUUGUAACGUAAAUGUUAAUGCGACGGAAUCUAUAUAAUCGCGAAGUUUGUGUUCGUAGCGGAGAAACAAGUUUACGAUUUCAUUCACUAUAAACAUAAUGAAUGCCGAUUUCUGAUGAUUACGCGUACGCGCAGAUCUUUCAGUACUGAUGUCCUGUUGUGAUAGGGAUAGUGACACGCGCAUAUAUAUCACUUUUCACUUUUUUUUCAUUCGUUCAUUCAUACUAGAGAGAAACCUCAGAAGUAUUCGUAAUUGAACAUACGAUUACCAUUAUUUUUCAUUCAUACAAUGACAUCAAUAAAAGUUGUUAUGAAACUAAA